GCCCCGUCAGCAUGUCACUCGCACACAUUCUUCUCCACUGACAUGGUAUCCACUCACUCUCAAUACAUCACCGACUUCACACCUUCGUCAAGUAUGGAAGCCGGCAAAAGUCCACUAGCCAUGCUAGCGAAGACGUGUGAAACGAUCGGCCUACCCGACACACCAUCCAAAAAAUCUCCCUCAGACCGAAAAGAAGAGGUCAAAAAAUCCGAAAGUCCAGCCGAACGACGAAAAGAGCGCUCACCCCGAGCAACUCCCACGUCAACGGCUCGGGUCGAACCCACGGCCACCACGACAACGUUCCCCGGACUUCCAAAACCAACGUUCCCGCUCGGUUUCUCCCCGACAAUGCCGUUCUCGUUCCCGUAUGCGAUGAUGCCCUAUGCAAUGCCAUUUCCAUCGUUUGCCAUGCCAUUCUCAAUGGCUCCACGACCGCCGUGUCCAUCAUUGAUGAUGCAGAGACCUUGUGUUACGCCUGGUUGCACAUCGUGUUCUCAGGAUAUGUUGGCUUCAUUCGCUACUCAUCCACUGUUUUCGGCUUAUUCGUCAAUGAUGCCAUCUGCUUCUAGUUCGUCCAUGCUACCAGCUUCCUAUCAAGCCCUGUUGGCAUCAUCGGUCGGAGCCUCUACCGUAACCUUACCGUCCACCUCCGGCUCUUCUACCCUGACCUCCUCCAAGCCAUCUACCCAACCCAAGCACACAUGCUCAUGGGUAGAAUCCACCGGUAUCUGUGGCAAACAAUUCUCCACCGCCGACGAUCUCGCCACCCACGUCAAGCAGGUUCAUACUCCAUCUCCACCGUCAAGCGCCAGCUCUACCAGCGCCGCCGCUGACUCGUCUAAAACUCCUCUUUCUCGUCCGAGUUUACCUCGAUUCCAUCCGUAUUCAAAACCAGCAACGCUUCCAAUGCCUCCAAUGAUGCCUUUCCCAUCAGCAUUGCAAGCUAUGUACGCUCAACGUCUCAUGUCCACCAUGCCUCAUCCAUAAUAAUUUCGAGACGCGUGUGUUUGCAUGUUUUUUGUGCACAUUGUUUGUUUUUUCUUUUUACUAUUCAUUAUACGGGUAAUUUCCUCCAUUAAACAGGUGCUCAGUGCUCUCUCUCAUCGUUUUCUUCUUUUUUUACGCUCUCAUUCUGUAUUUUAUUGAGCAAUUCUAAGUGAUUUUACGAGUUGAGUAAUUGUUGAUAAUGACAGAUGAUAUAAAAAUUUAGUGUUU